GCGGCGGCGGCGGGCCUCCAUGUCGGCCGCCAGGGAUUAAGGCAGGGACGGCCGAGGCGAGCCGAGCCCGGGGGGGCGCCGGGGCGUGCCCGGCGGGGCCAUGGCUGACCGCAGCGCGCCCGGCUGCCACCUGCGGCUGGAGUGGGUCUACGGUUACCGGGGCCACCAGUGCCGCAACAACCUGUACUACACGGCGGCCAAGGAGAUCGUCUACUUCGUGGCGGGGGUCGGAGUCGUCUACAGCCCCCGCGAGCACCGGCAGAAAUUCUACCUGGGGCACCAGGACGACAUCAUCAGCCUUGCUUUGCAUCCUGAACGUGUGCUGGUGGCAACAGGUCAAGUCGGAAAAGAACCGUAUAUCUGUGUGUGGGACUCAUACACUGUGCAAACUGUAUCCGUUCUGAAAGACGUUCAUACACAUGGUAUAGCUUGCUUGGCUUUUGAUUUAGAUGGUCAGCGGUUGGUCUCAGUUGGUUUGGAUUCAAAAAACACAGUUUGUGUAUGGGACUGGAGAAAAGGAAAAUUGUUAUCAAUGGCUCCUGGUCAUACAGACAGAAUAUUUGAUAUUUCUUGGGACUUGUACCAGCCAAACAAGCUUGUCAGCUGUGGUGUCAAACACAUCAAGUUCUGGAGCUUGUGUGGCAAUUCGUUGACACCAAAACGUGGUGUUUUUGGCAAAACUGGUGAUCUCCAAACUAUAUUGUGCCUAGCUUGUGCAAGAGAUGAAGUGACGUAUUCUGGUGCACUGAAUGGUGAUAUUUAUGUGUGGAAAGGAAUAAACCUUGUACGGACAAUACAGGGAGCACAUGCUGCAGGAAUUUUCAGCAUGAAUGCGUGUGAAGAGGGGUUUGCCACUGGUGGCAGGGAUGGCUGUGUUCGCUUGUGGGAUUUAAAUUUUAAACCAAUUACUGUGAUUGAUCUCAGAACAGACCAGGGAUAUAAAGGUCUGUCUGUAAGAAGUGUUUGCUGGAGAGGAGACCAUAUACUUGUUGGGACGCAAGACAGUGAGAUUUUUGAAAUUGUGGUGCAUGAGCGUAAUAAGCCCUUCCUGAUAAUGCAGGGGCACUGUGAAGGAGAGCUGUGGGCUUUGGCUGUCCAUCCUACAAAACCAUUAGCAAUGACUGGAAGCGAUGAUCGAUCAGUCAGAAUCUGGAGUUUAAUAGAUCAUGCUCUGAUCGCUCGGUGCAAUAUGGAGGAACCCAUUCGGUGUGCAGCAGUUAGUACUGAUGGAAUCCAUCUUGCUCUUGGAAUGAAGGAUGGCUCUUUCACAGUGCUUCGAGUCAGAGAUAUGACUGAGGUUGUUCAUAUCAAAGACAGGAAAGAAGCUAUUCAUGAACUGAAAUAUUCACCAGAUGGGAAUUUCCUAGCUGUUGGUUCCAAUGACAGCUCUGUGGAUAUAUAUGGUGUUGUUCAGCGAUACAAGAAAAUUGGAGAAUGUAUUGGAUCUUUAAGUUUCAUCACCCAUAUGGAUUGGUCUUCAGACAGUAAAUACUUACAGACCAAUGAUGGCAAUGGGAAGAGGCUUUUUUACAGGAUGCCAAGUGGAAAGGAAGUAUCAAGCAAGGAGGAAUUGAAGGGUGUUCAGUGGGCAUCGUGGACCUGUGUUUCUGGUGUUGAAGUUAACGGAAUUUGGCCCAAAUAUUCAGAUAUAAAUGAUAUAAAUUCUGUGGAUGCAAAUUUUAUUGGACAAGUUAUGGUUACAGCUGACGAUUAUGGAAUAGUAAAGCUCUUUCGAUACCCAUGUCUAAGAAAAGGAGCAAAGUUUAAAAAAUAUCUUGGUCAUUCUGCUCAUGUGACAAAUGUCAGAUGGUCGCAUGAUCACCAGUGGGUUGUUUCUAUUGGGGGAGCUGAUCAUUCUGUCUUUCAGUGGAAAUUUGUCCCUGAUCGGAAGUUGAAAGAUUCUCUUCAUAUAGCACCCCAAGAGAGUCUGGUUGAUUCUAAUAGUGAUGAAUCAGAUUCAGAUCAGUCUGAUGUUCCAGAGCUGGACUCUGAAAUUGAGCAAGAGACACAGAUCACCUAUCGUCGACAGGUUUACAAAGAAGAUCUACCUCAACUUAAAGAGCAAUGCAAAGAAAAAAGAAAAAGUGCAGCUUCUAAGAGACGAGAGAGAGCUCCAGGGAACAGUAUAAGAUUACAUUUUGUUCAUGGUUACAGAGGUUACGACUGUCGAAGCAAUUUAUUUUACACUCAGACCGGUGAAAUUGUAUACCAUGUUGCAGCGGUGGGAGUGGUGUACAAUCGACAGCAGAACACACAGCGCUUUUAUCUAGGUCAUGAUGAUGACAUUCUUUGCCUUGCUAUUCAUCCCUUAAAGGACUAUGUUGCAACAGGCCAGGUUGGUCGAGAUUCCUCAAUACACAUUUGGGAUACAGAAACAAUAAAACCACUCUCAGUAUUAAAGGGCUAUCACCAGUAUGGUGUUUGUGCUGUUGAUUUUUCAGCGGAUGGGAAACGUUUGGCUUCUGUUGGAAUAGAUGACAAUCACACUAUUGUACUCUGGGACUGGAAGAAAGGAGAAAAGCUUUCAGCAGUAAGGGGAAGCAAAGAUAAGAUUUUUGUUGUUAAGAUUAAUCCUUAUAUGCCUGAAAAGUUGAUUACAGUUGGAAUUAAACACUUGAAAUUCUGGCGUAGAGCAGGGGGAGGACUAAUUGGGAGAAAGGGCUGCAUAGGUGCAAUGGGAAGAACCGAUACAAUGAUGUGUGCAGUAUAUGGCUGGACUGAAGAGAUGGCAUUCUCUGGAACUUCCACAGGGGAUGUCUGUAUCUGGAGAGAUGUGUUUCUUAUAAAAACUGUCAAAGCACAUGAUGGUCCUGUGUUCAGCAUGCAUGCAUUAGAAAAAGGAUUUGUCACUGGAGGAAAGGACGGGGUAGUAGCUCUCUGGGAUGAUACCUUUGAACGCUGUCUCAAAACGUAUGCCAUCAAAAGGGCUGCUUUGGCCCCAGGGUCUAAAGGUCUCCUCUUAGAAGAUAAUCCUUCUAUACGUGCCAUAUCUUUAGGGCAUGGUCAUAUUUUAGUGGGCACAAAGAACGGUGAAAUAUUGGAGGUGGAUAAAAGUGGACCAAUAACUCUUCUGGUUCAGGGUCACAUGGAGGGGGAAGUUUGGGGUCUAGCUACUCAUCCUCAUUUACCCAUUUGUGCCACUGUAAGUGAUGACAAAACCUUAAGAAUAUGGGAUUUAUCUCCUAGCCAUUGUAUGUUAGCUGUUCGCAAAUUGAAGAAGGGAGGCCGAUGUUGCUGCUUUUCUCCUGAUGGAAAAGCAUUAGCUGUUGGUCUCAACGAUGGGAGUUUUUUAAUAGUUAAUGCAGAUACCCUGGAGGAUCUAGUCUCCUUCCAGCACAGGAAAGAUGUUAUUUCAGAGAUCCGGUUUUCUCCUGGGGCUGGAAAGUACUUAGCUGUGGCAUCCUGUGACAACUUUGUAGAUAUUUACAAUGUAAUGAGCAGUAAACGAGUAGGAAUCUGCAAGGGAGCUUCCAGUUACAUAACGCACAUGGACUGGGACAUAAGAGGGAAGCUCCUGCAAGUUAACACUGGUGCUAAAGAGCAGCUAUUUUUUGAAGCUCCUCGUGGUAAAAAACAGACCAUUCCUACUUUGGAGGUAGAAAAGAUUGGCUGGGCAUCAUGGACAAGUGUUCUGGGCUCUUGCUGUGAAGGAAUCUGGCCAAUAAUUGGUGAAGUCACAGAUGUAACUGCUUCAUGCCUCACUAGUGAUAGUAAAGUAUUAGCCACAGGAGAUGAUUUUGGAUUUGUGAAGCUAUUUCGAUACCCCGCUAAAGGAAAGUUUGGAAAAUUUAAGAGGUAUGUUGCUCACAGUACCCAUGUAACAAAUGUCCGUUGGACCUGUGAUGACAGUUUGUUGGUCACUGUUGGAGGAGCAGACACCUCUUUAAUGCUGUGGACUUAUGAGAUGGAAGGACAUCGGGAUACCAGGCAGUGUGACAGUGAAGAAUCUGAUCUAGAUUCUGAAGAAGAUGGAGGUUAUGACAGCGAUGUGACAAGGGAAAAUGAAAUUAAUUACACCAUCAAAGCCUUAUCAACAAACAUUAGACCAAUGUUUGGAAUUAAGCCUCAUCUGCAACAAAAGGAGCCAACCUUAGAUGAAAGGCAGGGGGUAGUGAGAGGUUCCAGACCACCAGUUAGUAGGGCGUUGCCACAGCCAGAGAAACUUCAGACAAAUAAUGUUGGGAAAAAAAAGAGACCUAUAGAGGACCUGAUUUUGGAGCUGGUAUUUGGGUACCGAGGCAAGGACUGCAGAAACAACGUGCACUAUUUGAACGAUGGUGCCGAUGUAAUAUAUCAUACUGCAUCUAUUGGGAUCUUGUAUAACGUGGCAACAGGUUCUCAGUCUUUUUACCAAGAACACAAUGAUGAUAUUUUGUGCCUCACUGUAAAUCAGCACCCCAAGUUUACCAACAUAGUGGCAACUGGCCAAGUAGGAGACUCAGCAGAUAUGUCAGCUACAGCUCCUUCUAUUCAUGUGUGGGAUGCAAUGAACAAACAGACAUUAUCAGUACUGCGGUGCUACCAUUCAAAGGGAGUUUGCUCAGUCAGUUUCAGUGCCACUGGCAAACUGCUGCUCUCCGUAGGGCUGGAUCCCGAACAUACCAUUACCAUUUGGAAGUGGCAGGAAGGUGCCAAAAUUGCCAGCCGAGCUGGUCAUAACCAGCGUAUAUUUGUAGCAGAAUUCAGACCAGACUCAGAUACCCAGUUUGUUUCUGUGGGAGUAAAACACGUGAGGUUCUGGACACUGGCUGGAAGAGCUCUUCUCAGUAAAAAAGGGCUGCUGAGUUCCAUAGAAGAUGCCCGAAUGCAAACAAUGCUGUCUGUAGCUUUUGGAGCUAAUAACUUGACAUUUACGGGUACUAUCAGUGGAGAUGUUUGCGUUUGGAAAGAUCAUGUCUUGAUACGAAUUGUGGCCAAAGCUCACAAUGGACCAGUUUUCACAAUGUAUACCACAUUAAGAGAUGGCUUGAUUGUUACAGGAGGCAAGGAAAGGCCAUCAAAGGAAGGAGGAGCAGUUAAACUAUGGGAUCAAGAGCUGAAACGAUGUCGUGCCUUCAGACUGGAGACAGGACAAAUAACUGACUGUGUUCGCUCUGUUUGUAGAGGCAAGGGAAAAAUUCUUGUUGGCACAAGAAAUGCUGAAAUAAUUGAAGUUGGAGAGAAAAAUGCUGCAUGUAACAUUCUAAUUAAUGGUCAUAUGGAUGGACCAAUCUGGGGCCUAGCAACACAUCCUUCCAGAGAUUUUUUCCUUUCUGCUGCAGAAGAUGGCACAGUAAGACUCUGGGAUAUUGCUGAAAAGAAGAUGCUGAACAAAGUCAGCUUAGGGCAUGCAGCUCGUACUGUUUGUUACAGCCCAGAAGGUGAUAUGGUAGCCAUUGGCAUGAAAAAUGGAGAAUUUAUUAUCUUGCUUGUGACAUCUCUGAAAAUUUGGGGAAAAAAAAGAGACAGAAGAUCAGCUAUCCAAGAUAUCAGGUUUAGCCCAGAUUCUCGUUACUUAGCAGUCGGUUCCAGUGAGAAUGCAGUGGAUUUUUAUGAUCUGACGUUGGGUCCCACACUAAAUCGAGUCAGCUACUGCAAAGAUAUCCCAAGUUUUGUGAUCCAGAUGGACUUCUCUGCAGAUAGCUGUUAUCUCCAGGUCUCUACUGGGUCUUACAAAAGGCAAGUCUAUGAAGUGCCUUCAGGAAAACAGCUUGUGGACCAGGCUGUGAUUGACAGAAUAACAUGGGCUACAUGGACAAGUGUUCUAGGGGAUGAAGUAAUUGGAAUCUGGUCCAGGCAUGCUGAAAAAGCUGAUGUUAACUGUGCCUGUGUCUCUCACUCGGGAAUCAAUCUUGUAACAGGCGAUGAUUUUGGCAUGGUCAAACUGUUUGACUUCCCAUGUCCUGAAAAAUUUGCAAAACACAAACGAUUUUUAGGUCACUCUGCCCACUUAACUAAUAUUCGAUUUACAAGUGGAGAUAGAUACGUGGUUAGUGCAGGAGGGGAUGACUGCAGCUUAUUUGUUUGGAAGUGUGUGCAUAUGCCUCAUUGAGGGAGACAUGGAGACUUGCAAAGAGGAUGCUGCAUGAAGUACCAGGCAUGAAAUACCCAGGAUUGCAACGUGAUAUUCUACUGUGCCCUGCAUGCUUAAGAAAUGGUGCUGAUCCAAGACACAGAGCGAUCCGUCUCUGAAAGACAAGUAUCUAGAGUCUGUCAGAAGGAUAGACUGUAACAAAUAUGUUGAGGCCAUUAGAUUUGCUUCAGUAAUCCGGGUUUGUAUUUCACUCACUGCCAGAUGUUGAAAAUGAAAUACAUGGAUAAAAGGGAAAAGGGAAUUGUUGGUCAAUGUACAAUUUCACAGUAAGAUCCUGGGUUUUUAAUCAAGAGAUGUUAUUUCUGACCUAGUGCUGUACAUUGAUCUAUUUUGAGCAUGAAUGUUUCUUCUUUAAGUUUUGGGGUCUGAAUAUCAUUGAAAAAAGAGUAUUCCAUAUUUUAUUACUGAAAGAAACCAUAUAUUAUCUCUUAAAUAUAUAGUAUUUUAAUAAAUGUUUAUUAUAAUGGCAAAUGAUAUUUCUAUGAUUGAUCAAAAGGAAACAUCAUCUGGUGAAGCAGAAAAUAAGACAGUUGGUUCCUUAGGACUUAAAUAUUUCUGUAUUUAGAGGCCUGGGUCACAAUCAUGUCUGGUGAAAGCUGCUGGAUAUGCAUGAUCUUCAUGGCUAAUUUAGUGUUUUUGUUGCACUUAAACAUUAAAUUAGUUCUGUGAGCAAAAAUAGAUUUGCUCACUUUGCGAGUGCCUUGCCCACAACCUAAAAGUCUAACUCCAAUUUUUGCCUUUUGAAUAAAAGUUAUUCUCAGUGGAAGAGAGAUUAUUGCUGUGUUACUUGAAUUGGCUGAUAGCCUCUAUGCUGGAAAUGUGGACUAAGGUGAGGAUUUUAUAGUCUUCAUAAUUGAUAAGGCUUGGAAUGUCACCAGUUGCAAAAAUACAAUUUCAUAGCAAUAUGAAUUGAUUUAUUUUCUCAGCAUCAUAGGGGGAAUUCAGAGAGAAAUAAACUUUCCAAACAUUAUAUUUUGUACAUUGAACUUUUUAACAGAGUUGGGACUAGCUGGGAGAGGUGUCUACUCAGAUUUCUCUCCUGAUUGUAAAAAAAUAAAAAUAAAAAUGUCCAGUCAUAAUGCUUCUUUAAAUGGACCUGCUGUCACCUCUAGCAUCAGUGCAUUUAUUCCAUCCUGCAACGUAACUGAGUUGAAAAAACAUUUCAGUGAUGGUGAAAACCUGAACAAAACUAUGUUUUGGGUAUUAGUGAGGACGAUUUCAUCAGCUAUUUGUCUAAAUUAUGUUAUAGAGAUGCAUUACAGACUGAACUUGUUUUUUAAUCAGUGCAGAUAUCUUUCAUACAACAUAGAAGGGAACAAAAGUAACAAAUUAUCAGCACUACUCACAAUGACAUUCUGCUGUGGACAUAAAGAUCUCUGUCUAUGUAAGUCAGCGUUACUUUAACGAUGCCAUUUGUUUAGGUCAGUCAGUAGACUUGAUAUUAUUCACCUCUUGCAUUCUCUUAUGCCAGAUAAAAGUAAAAAUGAAAUAAAUCUCACCUGUUCUUGUAAGCAUCUUGUGUGCAUGGUGGUUAUAAAGGGAUUGGGAGCGUUUGCUUAUAAGAGGGCGAAAAAAAGUUAAUCAGGCAGACUUUUGUGCUCUUCUAGGUCCAAAAAUGCUUAUUAUGUACUCUAAAAAGAUAGUUACCCCACAGUCUUAGAUAAUAUAUUUUAUAUAUCAAGCUAUAACAAAUAUUUAUUUUAAAGAAAUUGAUGAACUAGACUAUUAUCAAGUUUCUUGGCAUGUAUUUUUAGCAAAAUCUUGCCAGUCAUGCAGCUGCUAUUCUACAGGGAAAAAUACUCUGUGGAUUUGGUCCGUGAGUGUACAGGGAAAUCUUAGCAGUAAUGGUUUUGAUUUUAGGGGAAUUGCGUCUAAGAAUUGCAAUCAGAUCUGAUCUGUUUCAUGACCUUAUUGCCUGCCUGCCUGUUUUAUAUGAAAAUUAGUACCUGACAUUUAAAUCUUGGCCAGAGAAAUCCGUAGUAGUAUGCUUUUCUAUAGCUGUGAUUCUGUCCCCUGUUAAACACAUCUGUGCAGGGCUUCUUGACAUGAAGUAAAAUUUUUCCUGCCUCUAUUUUAAGGUUGCCCUUCAUCAUUUCAAGGUGGAUGGCUGUUACUUGCUCCUUCCUAGUUCGUCCUACGCAGACUGCCAGAUCGGAGUCCUUUUUCUUCUCUUCAAGUUUUCCCCUCAAAUCCUAGGCUUGGUAUCCCCCAUCCUCCUGAUCUUCUGUAGACCUUCAUCCAGUGUUAGAGCUAUGUGGGCUACCAAGAGGUUUGGUCCCUGUCCCUGCAGUAUCAUUGCUGGUCACAUCCUCUUCUCCUCCACCUCUGACCCCCUUAUUAAUUCUGUUGAUCUAGCUGUGCCUGUCCAUUGAUAAUUUGUCAUUGGUGCUUUUUUUUCUGAGGAAUCUCAAAUGCCACAUUGGCGGUGGAGUACCAGUGAGAGGCUGACGGGCAAGCUGCAGCAGGACGAGCCUGAUGGUGAUGGUGUGACGGUCUGAGCUGCCAGCUCUCCCUGCCGCUUCGUUCUCCUAAACCUCACUGCAGCUGUAAAGGGCUGGGGCAGGAGCUGGAAGCUGGGGAGCGCUUAGAAACAGAACUACCAGCCUUGUUCCUUGUGGCCAGUUGGGCAGCUGGUAUUUUCCAUGACAAACUGCUCAGUGGUUUGCCAGGUGAAAUGCGAGCAGCCUCAGGUGCAGCUUUCUUCCUGAGGACCACUCGGAGCGUGUUUUGGGUGACAAGUUGGGAUUCUUUGCUGAAGAGAGCGGCUGGCUGCAGCCAUGGUUCAAGAUGGCAGCGUUGUGGUCUUUUUGUCUGUGGUGCUUGUCAUUGUGCCUCAUUCGCUGUUUAUAUUAAGUGCUACUGCAGUACCUUGCUCACUGUGGCCACCCGGAUCGGUGCUUGAAGUGUGUGCGGAGUGGAAUGGGCUGCCUGCUGUGACCCGGUAUGACGGGGUGGGGAAAAAUCUGGAAUGUGGAGGGACUGGUGACAGCCUCGUGUUUGGAAGCCUUGCAGGGAAAGGUGGGCUGAAAGGCUCAAACUGGAGAAAGUCUUUUCUGUGAUUACGCAGUGCUGAGAUGGAAGCAAAAGUUCUUUGCAUAAUUUCUUUACUCAUAAUGGAUGAUUUUACUUUCUAGUUGAAUUGUUUUUCUCUUCCUGGUGAGCAGCAAACAUAUAUCUUUGGGUUCUCAAAAGUCAGCAGUGUUUUUUUUGUAAUAAGAAUAGAAGAGAACAGCUCAGUUGGAAGGACCUCCAAAGAUCAUCUGGUCCAACAGCCCGACCACUUCAGGGCUAACCAGAGGUUCAAGCGCGUUAUUGAGGGCAUCAUGCAAAUACCCGUUGAAAAGAAAAAGAAACAGAGAACUGAUUCAAGAAAAACAAAAUGUCAUUUCACUUUAAAAAUAAACGUGCUCUUGAAAGCUAUUUAAAUAUGCUUAGGAAAGAAAAAAUGAGUGAAAGAAAAUCCAGCUCCUAAGAACAAACAAAAAUUUAAAUAUAUUUAGAACUGCGAAUUAUGAUAGUUUAGGAACUGAGGAACACCGCUUGGGUUAGAGAGAACUGAUAAGCCAAAUGUAUUGAAUCAUUUAGACUUGAAAUCUUAAAUUUCUUAUCCUUAAGAUGAGAAUUCAUUGCAUAUACCUUUCAGAUUUUGAUAGGGAAGGCAAGAGAUGGUAUAAAAUGAGAGAUACAAGAAAGUAUUUCACAUGAUUGGUUUUGACACUUGAAGGAAAGCACGCAUUCACAGUAAUUUCAAUUUUGCUCAAUAUCGGGGUUUCAGUUUUAGCAAGGUGCUCAUUUCAGAGAAACUCUGAACUUUAUCCCAGUCAGCUUAAUGCUGACUUGGAACUGACUGCACCAUCAGAAGCAAGAUAAGUCAUCUCCUGGAUCUGGAAUGGGGAGUCCUUCUGUUACUCCUCGCUCCAUGGGGUGUAGUAGUGGGACAGGCCAAGGAUCUCGGUUUCAAAUACAGUUCUUACCCAGGCAAGGUGCGAUGUAUUUCCCUGUGCUGUUAUCAGUGUCUCAGAUGUGACAAGCCUUAAUCUUUACAGAUUCUUUUUAUUCUGCUAGCGUAAACUCUAGACAAAUGAUGUCUUUUCAGUAUUUUGGACAAAGCGAAUCAUCCUGGAGGCUCUGCAGAAAGGGAAGUAGAUUGCAAGCCACAGUACAAAUUGCCACAUCAGUGAUUUUAGCACCAGUAACUGCUUUGCAUUUGCAUACCCAUGUUCUCACUGGUUUUCUUAUGCUUCUUUGCAAUCUGCUCUGUUUUCCUAAAGUUUCUGGCACCAUUCAAUUUUUGCUUAUGUAGCUAGAUACGUGAGCUUGCCAAAGCCCCCUAUGCAUUCUCUGUACCAGUCACUGUGGCAUGGUCAGACCCAGCCUGUUUCUUUGGUCGUCUCCAGCUGCUGAUCUUCCAUUAACUUUGAUGUCAGACUUAAAACUCAUUUCAAAAAAAAAAUAGUAGUUUUAAGUGUAUAAUAUGUGUAAGAGCCACAAUAAGGUUAACUUGCCAAAAUCAUUCAUAAGGAAGUAAAAAGUAGUGGGUGGGUUUGGUGGGUUUGAUUUUUUUUUUUUUUUUUUUUCCCAGUCUACUUGAUGCUAGGACAGGUCAUAGCUCACCACCCCUUUCUUAGAUUACCUGCAGCAUUACAGUCAUGAUCUUAAUCUAUUUUUUGUUAACUCUGUUAAAUGAGUAAUCCAACCAAAUCACCUUAAGAAAAAAAGACACAGAAAGUGUUCUUUUCCCUCACAAUGUGGAGGGGGAAAAAAAGGCUGAGCAUGGUGACAAUAGGUAAUUGUAAUGUCUGCUACUGUUUAAACAAUGGAAGACAGGAUGGAGGAAACAGGGAUAGAAAACUAGGAAAUAUAAACCCAGAGAAAGAGGAAAACAGGGGAAAACAGAGGAAGGAGAGCUCAUAACUAGGCAAAGGCAAGGCCAAAGGACUGGCACGGGUGGUGGGCGGGGAGUCGCAUCGCUUGGCAGCAAAGGGCAAACAUCUCCUUGCAGAUGGAGGCUCUUCAGCAGCUGCUUGUGGGGGUAAGGACUGGUGAGCAGUAGUAGCGUGUCGGUCACACAGUGCUCGAGGAAAGGCUGCAGGCAGCGUUGUUGGCUCGUUCUUGGGAAGGUGCAGGUGCUCCCCUGUGUUGCUCCUUCCACUCCCAUGCCGAUGGGGCAGCUACUUAGUGCUGGAGUACAAGGGCUGACACCAGCAGCCACUGUUGCAGUGCGUGCAUGUUUGGUAACAGAGAGAAGGGUAAAUAGAAAAAUACUAUGUAACUUUGAGAGCUCACAUAAAAGAAUUUAAAGGUAGUUGUUUUCUUUUAAAUGCUAUUUAUCUUUCCCACCUAAACCAAGCAUGGAUUUGUUUUAAUAGGCCUUUUCUGCUUUUUAUCCUUAUUUUAGUUCCCUGUGCAAAUGGGCUUAAAUGCUUUCUUUAAGCAAACAAGUAUUAAACCAAAGAAACGUUAUACUUUGGAAAUCUCUUCACAACCAGCCUCUUUCAUUUACUGCCUCUUCCAUUUCUUGGCUAUUGAGACUUUAUUCACCAGUUCUUGGUUCUGCUCCCGGACGUGCGCAGCUCUGCAGAUGACAGACACACGGCUAUAGACGUCUUUGGUCCGUCCCUGAGCUCCAGGUGCAGCCAGCUGAUGGGGACGGCCGUGUAUCUGCAGGGGGCAACGUCAGAUAGAUGUGGGCUGGGUUUUCCUGCAGUGGUUCCUUGUCUUAGGCCCCCAGAUGUAUGUGUCGUAAUUCAGGGGAGAGGAAUGUAAUACAGGCCUAUGAAUGCACAGCAGUAGAAAUCAGUGAAGUAAAUCAUUACAAAGUAAGGAAAUACUACAUUAAGGAAAACUUCACAUUAAAAAUCUGAACUCAUUACAGGUGCUGCUUAGAUGACUAAACUUGACUUUUAUGUGUAGUGACUGUUGGUAAGAAGCGCAACAUCUGCGCACAGGUCUCUGAACUGCUUCCUGGGUACCUGCUAGAGGACAGCUGAGUUUGGGAUGUGACAGGUGGAGCGCGCGCGUGUGUGUUUGGAUUCCCCUUCCAAAAGCCAAAAUACGGAGUUUCUAUUGCUUGUUGUGGAUAUUGUGUCUAUUGCUUGUUGUGGGAUAACCUCAAGACUCUGCAAAGCAAUUCUGCCUUUUAUUUACUUGUAGUUAUCUCUCUUGCUUUGGGCACAGAUGUCAUAUGGAGGCUUACUUGAAAGGAAGAGGAACAAGAAUCAAAAAACAAAACUUGGCUUUUUUUUUGUCAUAGCAAAAAAAUUUAUUGCCAUUUUAGUUCCAUUGUUUUAAAGAUAUCUGAUUCACACCAUAAUAUGCUAUUCUUUAUGCUCAGCUACUGACAGGAACUCCAUGGCACUGCAGCCCUUAUAACUUGCCUAGGAUUCAAUGUUUUCUCUGACUUUACUACAUUCUUAAAAGCUUGUUGUACCCACCUAACUUUUAGUUGGGCCUAACAACUGGUAUUUUAAACUAGAGGAUUAACAGUGCUCAUGCUUUACCUGUUUUUUGUAACGUGAAUUCUUUCACAGGGGACAAAUAUCCCAGUUAUCUCAUGUAACUGCAAAUUUCAUAAGGCUGGUGCCACCAUCAGCUGUUCCCACAGUGGGCCUGGGGCAGGAGAUGAACGAUUAAGGAUACAGAUGUAGAUUACUGAAGUAAGUAUUGCAUUGGUGGGUUCUGAAAAAGGGAUUUAGUAAGGGUGGAUGUAGUUUCAGUCCUCUGUACAAUUAUAAGCUGUUUGGGAGGGGAAAAGUUUUCCAUGUAUUUGGUAGCUCUUGCCAUUAUUCUUGAUUUUUUUUCUCCUCCCACAGGAGCCAACUUCCACUCCCCCCACCCGCCAAAACCCCAAAUAAAUAUUUCUUUGUAUGCAGUGGCUAUGAGAGGUCAGUCAGCUCUAACCACAGCCAUGCUGUUACUACAGUGACACGCGAUACAAAGCAUUAUGCUGCUGAAAAUGAAUUUUACAUUAAUGUAUUUAGUUGCAAAUUCAGGAGCAUCUUUUCAUGCCCACCGGGUAAAAAGAGGGCAUUUAUUCUUCCCAAGAAACAGAGCAAUUAAAUAUCUUCUUCCAGCACAUUACUUAACCAUCUGAAUAUGUAAUACUCAGCUCUGGAGCUGUAAAUGGUACUUCCAUUAGUUCUAUGAUUUUUCCAAGCACUAAUCAUACCCGGGACAUGCACUAUACAGUGUUCUUUGGGAAUAUAAUAAACACACUUUCUAAAGAAACACCAGGCAUGAAAACGGGCACAAACUGCAUGAAAAAAAAAAAGGUUUUCUGUACUUCUGUUGAAUGUUGGUGCUGUUGGGUAGUACCUUCCCUAUUUCUGGUCUGUUUUUCCUCUUUACUUGCUGCUACUUAGCGUUGUAUUGUGUUUUCAGGCUCAAAGUAGCUAGUCUCUUUUU